UUUUCCAAGAGGCCAAAAAGGAAGAAGAUAUUAUCUUCUACGUCUGCUUCUUUCGAGAGACCAUCACCUUAACUCUUCCAUGGCGUCUGCACCUUGGAGCUCCCCUCCUUCUCCUUCAUUCUAUGCCAACUCAAGAUCAGAGAAUCAGCUGACCAGUCCUGUCCCAGCACACGGAAUUCGUCCAGGAGACCCCGGCACCACCCAUCGUCAUCCUCCAACUACCACGUUUCGACUGGUGAAAGCUCAGGCUGCCAAGGGCGACGGGCGCACGAAACCGAAGAGCAUGAUUUGCACCGACUGCGACGGAAAUGGUGCGGUCAUGUGUUCUCAAUGUAAAGGCAGCGGCGUGAACUCGGAGGAUCUCUUCAAUGGACAGUUCAAAGCCGGCGACUCCUGUUGGCUCUGCGGAGGCAGGAAGCAUAUGCUGUGCGGAAACUGUAACGGGGCGGGAUUCAUCGGCGGUUUCAUGAGCACUUAUGACGAGUAGACAAAUCGAGUCGAGGCCGCAUCUGAUGAAUGAUGCUGCAUCCGCAAGCUCCGUCAGGCUCGAAACCGAAAGCUGAUUCAAGGUGUUACGAGGAUGGAUCUUUCCUGGCAAUGUGUGGCUUACGAAUGUGUAGAUUUAGCUGUUUUCCUUUUACUAGUCAAGUUCUAAAAUGACAUAUGGAAUGCAUUCCAAACGAAGCACACCGAUACCUGCAAUCGACAGCUUUUUUUCCACA